AUGCCGGAUAAUUAUGCAGCCGUUCUUUACGGGCCAAAUGAUGUUAGAAUUGAAAAAUGGCCAAUGCCAGAAAUCAACAAUGAUGAGUUGCUAAUAGAGAUAAGUUGUGUGGGUAUCUGUGGGUCGGAUGUGAAAUUAUACAUGACGGGCCGAUGUGGACUUGAGGAGCUGGUGGAGCCGAUGGUGAUAGGCCACGAGGGUGCUGGUAUCGUCGCCAAGGUGGGCAGUAAUGUGGUGGGGUUCUGUGUGGGCGACCGUGUGGCUAUAGAGCCGACGCAACCGUGCGGGGCGUGCGAGCACUGCAAGCGCGGCGAGUACAACCUGUGCGUGCGCCCCAGAUACUGUGCUACCACCACAGGAACGGGCAACUUAUGCACCUACUACAAACACCGCGCCGACUUUUGCCACAAGUUACCGGAUAAUUUAAGUAUGGAAGAAGGCGCGGCAGUUCAGCCACUUGCUAUAGCCGUGCACGCAUGCAGACGUGCACGUAUAACACUAGGUGCACGACUAGUGAUACUAGGCGCAGGACCAAUAGGUGUACUGUGUGCAAUCACUGCACGAGCUAUGGGCGCCACGCAGAUACUUAUUACUGUGGCUCAAAGACACUUAGGCGGGAAGCGCAUAACCACCAAACCAAAAGACCGAUUUUUGCAAAUUGCUGCGAGAAGGCAACUAAAUGUUACAGCCAUGCAGUUGAUUCAAAGGCUCCAGUCAGAGCACCAGUUGCUUGUUAGUGACCAAACUGUGAGAAGACUGCAUGAAGCUAAUCUACAUGCUCGCAGACCACUUCGAACUUCUGGACUACGCCGAGCAAAUCGGGGAAGAAGAUUACAGUGGGCUCGUGAACAUUUGCGCUGGGAAGAUGUAGUAGAGUCCCGUUUGGAAACAGCCAAAAAAAUGGGCGCAGACUACACUCUCCUCAUACGACCAGAGUUCUCAGAACAAGACGUGGCGGAUAAGAUCAUGGCUACACUGGGCAGCCCGCCUGAUGUCACUAUAGAAGCUUGUGGGUACUCAUCUACACAAGCCGUUGCGAUGAUGGUGACUCGUCCUGGUGGUACUGUGGUGGUGGUGGGCAUCGGGCCUGAGCGCGUGCAGGUGCCGCUGGCGGCCGCCUUGCUAAGGGAGGUCGACGUCAGGGGCUCUUACAGGAUAGCUAACACGUACCCAGCGGCCCUGGCGGCCGUAUCUAGGGGCACAGUAGACCUUUCUCCCUUCAUUACGCAUCACUUCCCACUAAACAAAAUAAAAGAAGCCAUAGAACUCGCCAAAACCGGGGCAGCCAUGAAGAUAAUCAUACAUGUCAAACCUUAA